CAAAAAAAAAAACCAAACCAUUUCUUCAUAUCUUAAAAUUAAUAAUUAUGAAGUGCAAAAAUUUCCGAAUUUUAGAAUACACUCCGUAUAAGUAUACGGCUCCGUAGUUUAAAAGUUGCAAAUUUGUACAAAUAAGAAAAGAUAAUUGUAGUAAUAAAUAAUGAAAAAAAAAGAUACCCAUGCCCUAAAAACCAUCUACCUACCCCAACGCUGCAAAAUUUGGAAGCAUCAAACAUCUGUGUCAAUGGAAACUUCUACCGGCAAUGCUCUCAUCCUUCUCUCCCCAAAUCCACGCACUCACGCUGAUUUCAACUCCUCCUUCAACCAUCUCAGCACCCUCAUUUCCUCCUCACCUUCCGACUCACACAGCUUCAAUCCCACCGCAGCCGCACGGAAGGUGUUCGCUAAAAUCCCCAAACCAAAAUUGAGCUUCUCAUCCACCACACUUUCUAAUCAGGAGCUCACAAAAGGUCCAAAAAAACAUAACUGGCUCAAGCCGGCUGCUAGAGGGUCUCCAGCGGCUCAAGCCCUGUUGAAGAAUCUCUCCACUCUUGAACGGGCGCUCAUCGGCGCCGCUUCUGGUGGAAUCGCCGGUGCAUUCUCUUAUGUCUGUCUUCAUCCGCUCGAUACGGUCAAAACCAAGCUGCAGACAAAGGGGGCAUCGGAAAUUUACAAAGGCGCCUUUGAUGUGAUUGCGAAGACUUUCCAGAGUAAAGGGAUUCUUGGAUUCUACAGCGGCGUUUCCGCUGUUAUCGUCGGCUCGACGUUUUCUUCUGCGGUUUACUUCGGAACGUGUGAGUUUGGGAAGUCAUUUUUGUCGAAAUGUGGGAGCUUUCCGCCUCUGUUGAUCCCUCCUACAGCUGGUGCAAUGGGGAACAUCGUGUCUUCUACGAUCAUGGUGCCGAAGGAAUUGAUCAAGCAGAGGAUGCAGGCGGGCGCCAAGGGCCGAUCGUGGGAGGUUCUGUUGAGGAUUUUGGAGAAAGAUGGGAUCUUGGGGCUGUAUGCUGGAUAUAGUGCCACAUUGCUUAGAAAUCUUCCUGCUGGUGUUCUGAGUUACUCCUCGUUCGAGUAUCUGAAAGCUGCGGUCUUGAGGGAGACGAAGCAGCCAAAUUUGGAGCCGUAUCAGAGCGUUGCAUGUGGGGCUUUGGCCGGGGCAAUAUCCGCCUCUUUGACAACUCCUUUGGAUGUCGUGAAGACGAGGUUGAUGACACAGGGCCAUAGGGAGGCUGUGAACAAGGUUUCUGCUGCCAUGUAUUCGGGGGUGAGGGAUACAGUCAAGCAGAUACUUCAGGAAGAAGGGUGGGUUGGAUUCACUCAUGGGAUGGGGCCUCGGGUUUUCUAUAGCGCGUGCUUUUCUGCUAUAGGGUACUUUGCGUUUGAGACUGCUCGUCUAACUGUAUUGAAUGAGUAUAUAAGGAGAAAGGAGCGCGAGGAUGCUGCAGUUCCUGCCUUUGCAGUAGUUGAUGAAAGUGGCUGAGAUAUUGAGAGCAGUAACAACUCUGUCUUGUGGAUUUACCUAAUAAUAUGUUGUGCUACAACUUUCUUUAACUGCUUGUAGAGAGUGUUGUAUCGAAUUUUAGCUGCUCUUUUGCUGGAUAUUGUUAGAGUUAGAUCGUAUUUGUGUGAAGAGUUCUGUUAAGAUACCAAGUGUUUUAAGAUGUUAGGGGUGCUAAGUUGAUGGCAAUAUAACUGAGUUCGUGGAAAAGAAAGAUUGUUGUGUGACAAUUUGAUUGUUGAAAAUAUUGACAUGUUUAAUUUGCGUCGAAUGUACAGAGGGUGUUAAA